CUGAGCUCACAUGACUCUCUUCCUCUUAUUUGUGGCAAUAUGGCUUUAACAAUCCGGUGUCGGUAGGCUAAAGUGGCUCAAUGGAGGUCUCUUUACGAGCUGGCAUAUUGUUCACAGUUCUCAACGCGCUGUUCUCCAGUGCUGUCGGGGUUGAUGACUGUCCUUGCAUGCAACAGGAACUCUGUAAACAAAUUCAAAACGAGACGGAAUUUGAGGUGUUUGUGUUUGAUGUCGGUGGAAAGGCAUGGAAGUCUUACGACUGGACCAAAGUGACGACCAUCGCUGCCUUUGGACAGUAUGAUGCGGAACUUAUGUGUUUUGCCCAUUCCAAAGGAGCCCGACUUGUUCUGAAAGGGGAUGUGUCAAUCUCAGCAAUGGUAGAUCACACCAACAGGACUAUCUGGAUCAAGGAUAAAGUCAGCUUGGCAAAGAGACAGUUCAUGGAUGGCAUCAAUAUUGACAUAGAGCAGGCUAUAGAGGAGAACUCUCCAGAGUAUUUUGCUUUGACGGCAUUAGUCAAAGAGACCACAGAGGCUUUUCACAAAGAGAUUCCUGGUUCCCAGGUAUCUUUUGAUGUGGCGUGGUCUCCCAAAUGUAUAGACAAACGUUGCUAUGACUACUCUGCCAUUGCUGAUUCCUGUGAUCUGCUCUUUGUGAUGUCGUAUGACGAGCAGAGUCAGGUAUGGGGAGAUUGCAUGGCCUUGGCUAACGCACCCCUCAUCCAGACACUGAUAGCAUAUAAGCAGUAUCUAGAGAUGAAGAUUGAUCCAAGGAAACUCGUAAUGGGGGUGCCUUGGUAUGGGUAUGAUUACCCCUGUCUAACCUUCUCAGAGGUUGGAGUGUGUGAAAUCCAGAAGGUUCCGUUCCAUGGGGCCCCGUGCAGCGAUGCGGCUGGGCGUCAGAUUCCCUACAGCUUCAUGAUGAAGCAGAUUAACGGUUCCAUGUCUGGCAGGAUGUGGGACGUGGAACAGGCAGCACCUUACUACAACUACAAAGCUGCAGACGGCCAGAUCCACCAGGUGUGGUACGACGACCCAGAGAGCAUCGCCCGGAAGACAGCCUACGUUAAGGAGUUCGGCUUGAGAGGCGUUGGCAUGUGGAACGGAAACCUUCUGGACUACAGCAACAACCCCGUCGCCCAGCAACAGAGCACAGACAUGUGGAAUGCUCUGGUAGCAACCGGGGAAACCGACUUGAGGGAAGUCACCGUGGAGGAGGAAAGUAUGUCUUAGAGUCAACACGCUGCUUUGUCUCGGGAGCAAGAGGGCAGCAGAGGCAGCUUCCUCUGGCAUUCAGGGGUACUCGUCCAUGCCCUCAGACUUAGCGGCUGCUUUAUUCAGUCAGUUUUGCAUAAGAAUACAUUUGCUUUUAAAUAUGUGCACAGAUAUCACAGAGUUAAAUUACUCUGUAAAAAUCUCACUCUUUUAUAAGAAAAUUAUUAUUAUAAUUUUUUGGUCCCUCUUUGUAAUAUGUGAAAUAAACAAUGACACUUACAAAA